AUGGCAAACACCAACCGCAGCACUUCACCCGACCCGCUCUUCGUCCCUGAAGACGCCCACUACAACAACGGCCACCCAUCACAACGAGCUCAGCCGAACAGGCCUGCACUUCCCCCACGAGCUCCACGCUUUGCAGGAGACGGAUACGAUUUCAGGAGUCCAGUCAUGUCUGAAGGAGGAGGGUCCAACACGGCUACGGGUCGGAAUCCAGCCAUGGUUAUUGACCUCACGGAGGAGGAUGAUUCUCAGGACGCAAAUGCACCAGCACCUUCUGAGUCCGCAGCGACGGCCACAGCUGGUUCCUCACGUGCCCAGCGACUUCCACGCUACGGGCGAAACAUCAUCGACAUGACCAGUGACGCAGAGGAGGAGCACACUGCAGCGACAUCUUCACGCCCAAACAUCACCGACUUCCUGCCGCCGCCCGGCCAUCGCAACCCCCGCGAUCAUCACCCUCGCAUCUCCCUUCUACGACGGCCACCAAGACACAACACAGACACCCCGAACAUGGACGACCUCGAGUUCGUCGAAUCUCGUCCACGAUCCCGUCCACAGACUACAAGUCGAUCUCACACACCUGCUGCGCCGACGCAACGCAGCGUCACACCAUAUCCUACGGGCAUUCACGACACAAUCGACCUGACUGAAGACGACGACGAUGUGGUGCACGUGGAUACCCGAACUCGGCCACAGGGAGUCAACCUCGCCAGCCCUGGUGCCACAGGCGGCGUGGGCACUAGGAGCACCGCUGACCGCGCUUUCGACUUCACUGGAGUGCUGCAAACUGGGAGUAGGCUUCUUCAGCGCCUCAGCAACUUCGGCGGUGCUUUGGACGGCAUGGCACGUGAACCUCCGUUUCUCGAGCAGGCCCAUGUGGCAGGAGCAAACAGCCACCGGCACCAGCACAACCACCAGCAACAUCUCCGCUUUGCACAGCAACCUCCUCCCCGUUUUGGUGGCGUGGUGCCACUGAUGGACUACGACAUGACUGGAUUCGACAUGGGGUUUGGGGGAAACCAGCCUCCGACGCCAAAGUACGAGCCUCCUGAACCACCAGCAGAAGGCUUCACUCGGAAUCCUGGAGAAGAUGAAGUGGUGGUCUGUCCAAAUUGCGGCGAUGAGCUCGCCAUUGGUGAGACGGAAAAGAAACAAGAAGUCUGGGUCAUCAAGAAAUGCGGUCAUGUGUACUGUGGUGAUUGCGCCGAGAAUCGACACAAGAGCAGCUCGAAGGGAGUGAAGAAGGGCAAAGGCAAAGCUGCAGUCAUUGAUGCGCCAGCGCCGUUCAAGCAGUGCGUGGUAGAUGGAUGCAACGAAUCAGCCUCGAGCAAGUCGAUGGUUCGCGUCUUCUUUGGUGGUUAG